AUGGCAGACUUCGAGAAACAUCAUGACUUCAAGGUAGUCAUAGUUGGAGGAUCCAUUUCAGGCCUGGUUCUUGCCCACAGCUUGCACCAGGCCGGGAUCGACUACAUCGUUCUUGAAGGUCACGACUGCAUCGACCCACAGGUUGGCGCUUCCAUCGGACUUUUCUCAAACGGCUCCCGGAUCCUCGAUCAGCUGGGUGUCUACAAAAGCAUUCUGGACUAUCCGGUAGCAUUUCUCGAGCGGCGGCAGGUUCUCCACAUGCUCCAUCACCAUGCCCCGGACCAGAGCAAGAUUCUCACUGGCAAAAAGGUCGUCUCUGUUCGCACCUUGACGGAUGGUGUUGAAGUGCAGUGUAAAGAUGGUUCCAAAUUCACUGGAGAUAUAGUGGCGGGAGCCGACGGUGUGCACAGUCGAAUCCGCCGUGAGAUGUGGCGCCAUGCUAAAAGCAACGGUGCCCUCAAGCACCUAAAAGACGAUGAACAAGCUAUGUUCGCCGAUUACAGGUGUCUUUAUGGCAUGUCUUCCCCAGUGCCAGGCUUGCGGGAGACGAGCAAUUACCGUACCUUCAACAAAGACUGGUCCUUUCUGGUGAUUGUCGGGAAGGACAAGUGCUGCUUCUGGUUUGUAUUUGAGAAGCUAAAUGGAACACAUAGACUGCCGAAUUUGCCAAAAUACACAGAAUCUGACCAGGCCGAGUUCGUGAAGCCAUUUCUGAAACGCCAUGUCUCCCAGGACGUGGCUUUUGAAGCUCUCUGGCAUCGAAAAACAGCAGCCACUUUGGCGGUAUUGGAGGAGGCCCAAUAUCAUCAUUGGACGUAUGGGCGGUUUGUCUGCCUGGGCGAUUCUAUACACAAGAUGACACCGAACAUUGGCCAGGGUGGUAAUUGGGCCAUCGAGAGCGCCGCCGCUCUGACCAACAAGCUGCACUCAAUGAUGAGGACAACACGACGACCAUCGAUCGGGCAGGUCUGUGCCACGCUGAGCGACUACGAGCAGAGCCGGCAAGUUCGCACCAGGGAGGUGUGCACAACGGCCGGCUUUGCCACUCGUCUUGAAGCAUUUGACAAGUUCUGGCACAAAGCAAUGGCGUUGUAUGUUGUGCCAUGGGCAGGCGACAUGCUCGUCGAUGUUCAUUGCCAGUCAGUCGCGGAAGCACCCACAUUGGAUUUCCUCCCACCGCCGGAGCGGUCGCUGAGACAGGACACCAUCUUCCAGGCAGUACAGUUUGACCGACAAGGGCCUCAUGUUGCGUGGCGAGUCCUGCGUGCCAUCCCACUUCUGGCUCUCUGUUUUGCGGCUCCUCAUGCUUUGGAGCCUGCAGGAUCUGCCCUGCCGGCCAAUCAAGACGCCGAGGCAGUGCAACUAGCUAUGCUCUCGUAUCUGGGUGACUUCUUCCCGCUCCAAGUCAUCGCCGUGGUAGAGACUGCCCGCCGAGGCAACAGCAUGGGAAUUGCUGCUCUUUGGCCUCUAUUUGGACUCGCGGGGUGCUGGGGAAGCACAGGGUACGCCUUUCCAGUGUACUUCUUCCUCCAGUACAUUUCAUCCCCGCCGAGUCGGUACGCCGCCCCUGACAACCGCCUCGUGCCCACACAUUACGCCAGAUCCGCUGUCGCGGCGACCGGAAUGGGCUACUUUCUCCUCGUAGCCUAUGGCGUGGCAUCCCAGCAGAACUAUGCUGUGUAUGCCCACUGGUAUUUACUACCUGCCUGCACGGCUGUCUUCCACUAUCUGUUCGCCUCGUUUCUCACCAACACUACCUCCACCGACCGGGUUCGAAAUCCUCGUGCUGAUAUGAGGUACCUGCUUGUAUCCUAUGCCAUUAGUGGCAUCUUCAGUGGCAUAACAUAUGUCUACUCCUCGACCUUGUCACCGUGGGGCCUACGCAACAUUCUGUUCAUCGUAGGUCGGCUACGGCAAGGACCCUCCAACUUGCUUCUGGAAGCGAUCAGGCCGGAGAAACUCAUUCAACGUCAUCAUUUACUUGUGCUAGGGAGCGGGCUUUUCUGGGCCCUUCUCCAUUUGUGGGACCUGAAAAGUACUGGACGACUCAAGGCAGGUUGGUUUAAGGUUCUUGGGGCACUCGGCGGCAUGCUUGUGAUGUUUGGACCUGGCACUGCAUUGGUCUUGGGAUGGGCAUGGAGAGAGGCAGUGUUGGCUCGAAAGACUGGGCCUCAUUGAAGAGGUCAACGACGAGAGGUCGGAGGCAGUCAUCAAUGCUGGCGCAUAAACAGUAUGAAAGCACGGUAGAAUAUCAGGUACUUGAACAAGAAUGGAAGGAAUUCACGACGUUCUUUCUCCGGGGCCGCUCGCAGGGUCUAGAUGCUCUACAAUAAU